UUCCUCCCGAAGCAGAAGAGAAACAAAACAACACUAGUACAAUUCCCGUCGGAUUCCUACAUUUCUCUGAAAUGAAACUACCCCAUCGCAGGACGAGAGUUGCCAUCGCCCUCGCAGCCCCGUACCAGGGCAAGGGGUACGGCAUCGAAGCGCUGCAGUGGGGAUUACGCUUUGCAUUUCUGAGCGCGGGAGCCCAUCGCGUCGAUCUGGAGGCCUUUGGCUUCAAUACCCACGCGAUGAAAGCGUAUGAGGCGCUGGGGUUUAUCAAGGAGGGUGCCCUGAGGGAGUGUAUGUUCCGGGAUGGGAAAUGGGAGGAUUUCAUUCUCUACUCUAUGCUAGAGGGGGAGUGGAGGAGUAGAUACUCAUCAAGUAAUCAGUGACUGGUCUAGCCAGAUCUUACAUCUUUUAUA